CGAAGAAGAAGAAACCCGGAAGUAGCUUGUGAACAUUUGUUUGCUGCUUCUCAGUUAAAUGCUUCAGGAGUUUCAGCAACCAUGUCUUCAGUUCAGCAUCUGAGAGAGUUCAUCAGCGAGCGCCUAGCUGCUGCUGCUGAAGAAAUAUUCUCCCAGUUUGAGAAAACCAUCGAAGAAGAGCUGGAAGCUCAGCGCAGACUGCUGGAUAUCAGCUGGAAAGCACGGAUCAGGCUGCGCAGAGUCACCGAACCUCAACAGCAGAGAGUCUACAAGCAGAACGAGGUUCUGAUGGGCCAGCAGCUCUGUAACCAGGAAUGGAGCUCCAGUCUGGACCAGGAAAAACCAGAACCUCCACAGGUCAUAGAAGAGCAGAAGGAAGCAGAACCUUCACAGAUUAAAGAAGAACCCGAGGAACUCUGCAGCUUUCAGGAGGAAGAACAUCUGGUUAUAAAGCAGGAGACCUUCGGAGAUCCUUGUGAUGACUUUGCUGAAUCAGAACCCAACUGUCCUGUCGCUGAGACCCAAGUCCAAGGAGAAACCGGUUCUCCUGUUUCAGAGACUGACUUGGACCCAAACACCACGACUGUGAAAUGUGGCAUUUGUGGAAAAGCGUUAAGAGAUGACUUCACGUUGGAUAAACAUCUGAAAAUCCACUCAGGUGUGAAGCUCCAGGCUUGUCAGAUAUGCAGAAAAUCUUUUACCCACAUGAGUACCUUGAAGGUCCACAUGAGAGCCCACAUGGGGGAGAGACCCUUCUCCUGUAGAACAUGUGGAAAGAGAUUUUGCACCAAGAGUAACUUGUUAGUUCACCUGCGAAUUCACACAGGUGAGAAGGCCUACACCUGUAGAACGUGUGGGAAGAGCUUCACGCAGAUCGGUAACUUAAAUGUCCAUGUGAGAACGCACACCGGAGAGAAGCCCUAUCCUUGUUGGGUGUGCGGGAAGUUCUUCAGCCGGGGAAGUUCGUUGAGAGUUCACAUGAGGACACACACGAAUGAAAAGUCCCGAUAGAUAGACAGACGGGGGCUGCUGCUGAGUCACCGUUUAAUCUACACCUAGCUAUGCAACGUGCCGAUUCAAACUCUAACGUUCAGAAACGAUUAUAAAUAAAUGCAGAAAACAGCCACAAAGUGUGACGGAACAUCAAAGUUACGCGUGUGGAACGGACGCUUUAAGGGACGGACGAGCAGAAAAAACCAGCGAUGUGGAAACUUGUCUUUAGCUUCAGCCACAGAGUUGGACUUGCUCAGCAGGAGGAUUACUUGCGACCUUACACGAUUCCAUCCCGGCUUAGACGAAGAAGCCGGUUGUUUCUCCUAACCGGUCAACGAUCGAGGACGGAUUAACAAACUUUGCCACAACUCCCGCCUUUUUCAUAAAACGACGACGCUGCUUUGCUGCAACCUGAUCGUGGAGCGGGCUGCAUCAGGGUCAGUCUGCUGUGCUCGUGUGGGGCCAUCACUUGUUUUCACAAAGAUUACACGGUGGUGGUGUAAGUGGGUGUGUCUUCAUGCCGUCACAAACUUCCUUUAGCUUGAACACAACCUGUUUUUAACCCGAUUGAAGCUGCGCCCCUCAAAGCUGCUACAGCAACUCGCCUGAACAAGCUAGUUUUUAAACAAACACCGUCAGUGUCCACCCUGGGACUGGGAGAUCGGUGUUCAAGUCCCGCUCGGGUCAUACCAAGGACACGGCGACUGACAGUAGGGGUGGGGCACAGACCUGCCACUCAUGAGCACCUGUGAAGAUUGGGAUGUAGAUGGAUCACUAAAUUUACUCCUCUUUUGUAAAUGAUCAUUAAGAGAUUAAAACAUAAUCCCAGUCCCUUACUGAUCCUCCCAUCAGUCCUCUGCUACAUUCGUUCCUUACUCGAGGCCUCCCAGGUCCCUAAAGCUGCUGAGGACCAGACUGCCUCGUUGUCUAUCUAUGAAGCACCGCUCUCCACCACAGCGCCACCUGCAGGUGGCAGCUUUGUGCUUCAUGUGGAUCGUUCCUAACCAGACCCAGCCACCGGCCCUGGUGAUACUAGUCUAGGUCACUAGUUCUUGUGGUGUCCAGAGCGUUAGAGGUAAAGAGCAAAGAUAACGUCCCGACUGGCUACAAGCUCGAUGUGAGUGUGAUCAGGAUCUGGGUCACCUUCUUCUGUCAUGUUUUCUAAACGAAGCUCACGAAUCGGCUUAUUAGGAGACGCGAGUUUUGUGCUCCGUCUUCAGUAACCUGGUUAAUAACAGCCCAGUAGUUCAGAUUCCACCUAAACACACGUGUUAAAAACGUUUUCUCUGUAGAGCUUCAGCUUUUAGCCCUGGUGGAUGAAGAGUGAAGGUUGAGGGUUCAAAUCCCAUCUGCAGCCUUCCUGUGUGGUUAGCAUUCUCUCCUCAUGCACGUGCUGCAGGUUUUAGUGUUACAGUCUUGUCAAUGGAUUUUAUUAUCUCCUGUUUUCAUUUAUUCUUUUAUUCUGCAUCCAUGACCCGAGUUUUAUAAAUAAACGUGUGUUUAUCGUG